AUGGCGCAAAAUCGAAUCCCCAAAGUCGGUGGCGAAAGCUAUUCGAUCGAUGAGCAGAACCCAAUCAAUCUCAGAAUCAUCACGCACAAUAUCCGAUAUGCUACCCAAACUCCUUUCGAGGGCGAAGAACCAUGGCCCAUUCGCCGUCCUAGACUCUGCUCUCAACUCAUAUUUAAUUCCACGACUACUCCAGAAACGGUGAUCUGCCUUCAAGAGGUUCUCCAUACCCAGCUAGUCGAUAUCAUGGCCUCUCUAAAUAGCUCGGCCAGUGAUGGAAAAUGGGCUUAUGUUGGUGUCGGACGAGAUGAUGGUAAAGAAGCUGGGGAGUACUCGCCUAUCAUUUAUCGAAGCAACAUCUGGAAAGUAGUAGAGUGGCGAACCGUAUGGCUGAGCGAAACCCCAACCACUCCAUCCAAAGGUUGGGAUGCAGCUAGUAUUCGAAUUGUUACAUCGGUACAUUGGAACAUCUCAGGUCUGGCAAGCUCAUCCUGAUCAUGAGUACUCACUUUGAUGAUCAAGGUUCCAUAUCGCGGCAGGAGAGCGCCAAAAUCAUUCUCGAAAUCAUCGAGGUCGAAGCGAAAGCUCGGGAUUAUUCCAGUGUUCUUCUUGCUGGAGACUUCAAUAGUUCUCCCAAUGAUGGCGCCUACCAGAUUAUGACGGGUUCUCAAUCAGCGAUGCAAGAGCUUGGUAUGCUACUUCCAAAGGAGGAACGAUAUGGCAAUGGACUCACAUUUACAUCCUUUGGUCAUGUUGAUAACAUACCAAGUCGCAUUGAUUUCAUAUUCUCCAGGAAAGGCAACCAUGAUGUAUUGCUUACCUACGGCGUUUUAUCAAAUCGCUUCGAUGAUGGGAUUUAUCUUUCUGAUCAUCGGGCUUGUAUGGCGGAUAUGCGGGUAUUGUAG